ACAAUGAAAGUGGUCGCCGUUUUUGUUAUUAUUCUUUUUAUCGGCAACAAUGGAAACGCAAAAGAAGCAGUUAAAAUUAUAGCAGAAUAUGAGUCUUAUAUAGAUAUAGUGAGGAAAGACUUAUUAAUGUCCAGUUGGACAGAGGAAGAAAAGCCUUGUCUUAAUCAAAUAUUGAAAAUAAUCGAUAAUGUUAAAAAUACAACUAUUUGGGCAACUUGGAUAUGGGACAGUAUACAGUUACCAGUUGGACAAUUAUAUGGUUCCAAAGAACAUUUCGGUAACUACGAUCAAUGCUUGAGCGAGAAAGUUGCUGAUUCUUUAUUACCAUUUCGAACACAAUAUUGUAGGGCAAACAUUAUUUGGAGAACCCCUAAGGAAAAGGAUAUAUAUAUAAAUGAAAUCGAUCCUUACUCGUCAUUGGACGAAUAUAUACAAACAAGGACGUUUCUUAAUUUACGAUUCAACACGCUAAGCUGGGGAGUUUGUGUACCAGAAAUCUGUCAAAAGAAAUCAGUGAAGACCUUUGUGUCGGCUCUUUUCAAACAAAGUCAUCUAUCAAAAUUGCAAACUCCAAUGGAUGUGACAAUUAAUAACUGUGAACCUGCAGGAGAAGUGAACAAGCAUGUUGAUGGACAUUAUUACUUGAUGAAUAUUAAAGACUUCUUAGAAGAAAAUAAAAACGAUAUAAAAUGCUUACACGGAAUCAGAUUUCUGUCUUGUUCUUUGAUUGUAUUAACGCACGCAGUUACUACCAUCGUGGCAAUAUCAGCAGCCAAUGGAAUGGAUCAUGAAGAGCUUUUCAGUAGUUAUGGAUUAUAUGCAUCGGAAUUAGUAAUUGUUGUGGAUACGUUUUUUGUAUUGUCAGGUUUGUUGAUGAUAAGGAACAAUACCCGCAAACGUUCCAUUCGGGAAGUUGUAGAAUUCAUAAUCAAACGAUAUUUUAGACUUAUAUGGUGGUACAUGGCAACACUCUUGAUAAUUUUCUUCGUCUUGCCACGGUUUGGCUGUGGUCCGCUAUGUGAUAAAUACUUCCAACGCGAAGGUGGGGCUUGCUACAAGACUUGGUGGCUGGGUUUGCUCAUGAUAGGCAAUUAUGUCGAACUAUCACAAAUAUGUUAUCCCAGUGCAUGGUACGUGUACUGCGACUUUCAUAUGUCUGUCGUUGGUAUUAUAUUGCUCUGGAUCUUCCAAAGAAACAGACGUAUUGGCAUGACUUGUUUCAUCAUCCUCACCGUACUAAGCACGUUAUUUACAGCUCUAGCUAUUUACGAUUUCCCUGAAUUAACGAAAUUAAAGAUAGAUUUUGAGACUUUUAAUAAGUUAAGAACUUCUGAAAACUACUCAAUGGUAGCAAUGUACACGCAGACUCAUAACAGAGCCAUCCCCUAUAUUAUUGGAAUGGGGUUGGGAUACAUUAUGUCUAAUUACAAAGAAAUAUCUUUCCAAAGGAUCACAAAGAAUUUACACAUUAUCUUGGCUGGAAUCGUGGCAGGAAUACUUUCAUAUCCGUUUAUUUCUAUGAGUGACAAUUUAAAAGUUGCUCUUAUGUUAGUACUUAUGAGAUACGGAUGGGCUAUUUUUGUCUGCGCAAUAAUAGCUUUAUGUGAAUAUGGAAAGUGGCCUUCCAUGAAAGGAUUCCUCUCUUGGUCGAUUUUCGCGCCUCUUAGUAAAUUAACUUAUGGAAUUUAUUUCAUCCACUUUUUGACUUUAACAUCAAAUAUGAUCUCAACUAGAGGUCGACUUCAUUACAAUGCUCAUAUUUUGGCAGAAAGAUUCUUUGGACAAUUAACUUUGUCUGCUUUUAUAAGUUUGUUCUUCUUACUGUUUAUCGAAGCGCCAUUGAAUAAUUUAGUACAACUUUGCUUGAAGUCUAUUGGGAACAAACAAACAAAAGUCAAGCUGCAAGUAGAUAAUGAAUAUUUAAGCAAUGAAUUACUGACAGAGGCGCCAUCCAUCGACGAAAAGGAGAAACUACAAUAA